GGGACAACUCUUUCAGCGACACCCAGUCGGAGAGCUCCCAGGACGCGUUUUUUCUUCCCUCGUGCGACGAAACCUGAAUUUUCUUGUCAUGUCGGACCUGUAUCCUACCCUUCAGAUGUCACCCAAGAAAAAACGCUGUCCGCCAGAGCUCAGUGACACCGACUACACACCUAAACGAUUGCGAACGGCACCGAUCACGCCUCCUGCUACUGUAUCGAAGAAAAAAGCACCGAAAACGAAUGAUCUACCCACUCAUUUGUCGCGUCUACAGACUAUUCAAACUGGCCUUCAACACGCCCUCUCACAUGCUCUCGCGUCGUGUGCCGUGUCUCCAUCGUCAGACACCGGUAUUGUGCGGAAUGUGUUGAACCAUCUCUCACUAUCAACUUACACUGGACUAACUACCCAAUUCACAUCUGAUGAUCUCCGGAGACUCUGCUGGCUUUGGGAGUGGGACGGAGUCUCGCCGCCCGAAAAAAAGAAGAAAGUCGAUGACGAUGACGAGAACCCCUUCUUGGAUACCCCAGCAUCGCAGCCCAAGGACUGGACUCGCGGGUCUAUGGGCAUAGUCAUCAGCCCUGCCACUCACUAUUCCAAGGCAGACAAGAAACGCGUUGCUGCUUACGGGAUUGGGAUCGAGGUUGAAAUGGAUAUCGAUAAGGACAUGGGUGGUGGUAUGGCUGCCGUAGCUCGUUGGACGGCAGGAGCAGAAUCACGUCGAAAAGAGUUCCAUACUAAACUGGUCAAGUGGUCCGAGCUACACUCCGAUGAGCCGUCUAUGCCGCCAGUUCCCAUGGCGGAUUUACCCAAAUUGAGCACUCUCUCCAAACCCUCUUCUCUGACCCGCGUCUUCGCUUCGAUCUCCCCCAAGGCUUCUGCAUCAUUCGCACCGCCUUUACCACCUGGUUCUCCCUCUAAAUCUCCCACAAAGCGCAGCCGAGAUUUUGUGAUUCCGUUUCCCAUCACACCUUCAUCUAGUCAGAAGUCCCCAAUUAAAAAUUCCAUUCUGUUUCCACAAACGCCAUCCAAACGCGACAUUCUUGGCUCUGGUACUAUACGUACCUUGACACCACGUACACCAACUACUUCUAAUGUGUCUGUAUCCGAUAUUCCUUCGGAACCGUCAACGCCUGUGCAUCAACGUGGUCGCAAUGCCUCCACGGUUCCGCAAACGCCUACCACAGCCCGUCGUCAAGCGUUAUAUGAGCGAGUUCGUCAACGUUCAUUAUCAGCAUCUCCAACAAAAGCUCUAAGUAAUGAUAUUGUUGGCGGUAAGCUGACACGCGAUCAGUUGCUUAAGCUCGGACAGGAGGAAAUGAGGCGGCGCUGUUUACUUGGCCGCUUGGGCGGUGUAGCUGAGAGUGUGUGGAUGCUGUUUUCUGGACCUGUGUCCGGAUCAUCUACGUCUACGCCCUCAAAGCGGAAACGUCGCGCAUUACCUAUGUCCGAGGUGGUAAAUGCAGUCAUCAAGUCUUCUCCCGUGCCCAUAUCCGCCGCUGAGGCCAGCGAAUCUUUGGAAAUGCUGUUGAAGCUGUGUCCGUUCUUCCUAAAAAAGUUGAACAUCUCUGGGGAAGACUGGCUAGAAAUGCCGGCGCCAAAGACCAGCCCCAUCAGCGUAGAUGAUAGUACUCCAGGCACCGCUGGAAGCCCUUCUAGCCCUAGGUCCCGUCAGGCCAAGGCUGACAGUGCGGAGGAGGUGUUGACAAGAAGUCCCAAGCGAGUGAAAAAGGAAACUGGUGGCUUGCGCGAAGUCAGAGAGAUCAUUCGUCGGGAGCUGGAGCUCCAGGACUAAUCAAUGCUUCAUCUUUUUUUCUCAAUUCGUUUUGUAGCUUCCGUUUACUGACUU